ACGUUAUCAAAACCUUGAAAGCGCCGUCACGCCAACACAACUUUUACUGUGAAAGUAAAAGGCGGAAAACCGAACGUUUUAAGCCACGUAUCUUGACACAGGUAAACAGUAGUACAGUAUUCAGGAGGAGGCGUUUGCCCGAACCGGAAGAGGGGAAAAAACAAAAACAAAUGAGCGUUCAAAUCUUCGUUUAAUGGCUUGAGUUUCAUUCGGGAGGAGCGCAGGCCGAGUUCGGAGGAAAGUUUUGCUGGCUUUUUGGGGCGAACUUGGCGGCCGCAGCCCCCGCGGUGAAUCGGCGUCGGCGGGCUGACAUACACGCGAGAGGCGGGGGACAUGGAGAGCUGUCACCAGAGCUAAGGCUAACGAGCUAGUUUUUAGCACGAUUGGCUGACAUACAAAAUACACUCCACUCCAGGGAAAUUACAUUUUGCUCGCCCGUAGCCUUCACAAAUACGUAGCUCACAUUUGAAGAGCAACGACGAGAUCCACCGGAGAGGGUGAGAUUUGGAAGUCUGGCUACUUUAGCCUAGCUUAGCAUAGCAUAGCCCCUCGUUCGCAACACGCCGAAGAAAGCAACUCGACCACACAUAAACAUGCUACAGUGGAUAGACAAAACGCUUUAACGUCAAUUAGGUAGACUGAUAAGCGCGUAUACGUGGCGUUUUAUUUUAUCUGGGUGGGGAUAGUCGUCGUUUGUCAAGCCUUUUUUUUGUUUUCCUUUUUCUUUUUUUUUCCGAGUUCUAUAUACAUUUUUUGGGAGUUUGGGUGUUGUUAGCAUGGGCGCUGCGGAUCCCGGCAGCGGCGCCUCGGAGCGGUUACAUAACAGCCGCAAGUCCGACGACAAGCUGCCGCUCUGACAGCCGCAAACACGGACACGCGCACGCACACACAGACACACGUACUUGAGCAAACAAAUAGUGAGAGUAGAGAGGGGGGUUGGGGGGGCGGUGGGGAAAGGAGGGCAGCAACACCAAACAACAUGGAGGAGCUGCGAGGCGGCUGCUUGCACGCGUGAACAACGAUAACCCAGAGCAAUGUGAUCAAGAUGGAUUCAAACCCGCUCAUCAACGCCAUGGACCCGUCGAUCACACUCUGGCAGUUCUUGCUCCACCUGCUGGAGGACCAGCGCCAGCGUCACUUGAUCUCGUGGACCAGCGAGGACGGCGAGUUCAAGCUACUCGACGCCGAAGAAGUGGCUCGCCUGUGGGGCCUGCGCAAGAACAAACACAACAUGAACUACGACAAACUCAGCCGAGCGCUCAGAUACUACUAUGACAAGAACAUCAUCAAGAAGGUGAGCGGACAGAAGUUUGUGUAUCGCUUUGUGAGCCAGCCUGACCCGUCGCUGCCCGAGGGGACGCACAACCCCGAAGAGGGCCAAAGACGGGACAUCCCGGACGCCAACAGCCAAUCGAAAAGCUGCCCGCCGUCCAAGAACGUUGCGCAGAAGUCGUCGCCCGGCAACUCGCACAAGAGCUCUCGAAACGACUACAUGAAGUCGGGCCUCUACUCCACGUUCACCAUCCAGUCGCUGCAGGCCGCGCCCAACUCUCGCCCCGUCAAAGCCGAACUGCUGCUGGAGCCCGUCCCCAAGCUGGACCGCGCGCCCAAAGAGGUUGCCUCCGCGGCAGCGCCGGGUGAUCCAUCCCGCCAGGUGAUCGUGGCGCAUCCGUCGCCGUGUCCCACUCCUGUUGUCAGCCCCCAGACGGCGGCCAACACACCCGCUCAAUCGCAGAAUCCUCCCUUGAGCGACCAUCCCCACAUUUACCUCACCAGUGUCAGGGACCCGUCCUCCCUCACCCCUCUCCUCCCGCUGGCUCCGGUCGGGGGCUCGGUUAGUUCUGUCCAGCCGCCGCACGCCACCGUCAGUCCGCAGACGCCGCCACAGGAUGACGGCGGGGGAUUGGCCAACGUCGCCGGCUUCCCUCCCCACCCGAAUCCCUCUCAGCCCGUCUUGGUCAUCAUCAACCCGCCUCCCUCGCAACAGCAGCAGACGUCCACACCUGCAUCCGGAGUCCCACCCCUGGCACGCCCGCCCCCGCCGCCCGUCGUCAUCAAGGAAGAGACCCUGCCGUUGGAGAAGGAGCUGCUGGAGAUGGUGGGCCUGGAGGAGAAACGGGGAGAAGAGGUUCCUCAGCUCAUUGGGGGCUCGGGUGAACCCCAGACGACCCUCGCCAUCAUUGAAGCUGCCCCCCUUCGCCCCAUCCAGCCCAGGGAGGGGAGACCGGAGGGAGAAGGAAAGGACGCACAAACAGGCUCGUCCAUGCCAGCGGCGACAUCAUCAAGCUCGGCCGCGGACGCGCUUCCUCCCAAACCGAAGAAGCCCAGAGGCUUGGAGCUGCCCUCCCUCCCGCCGGGCCUCUCCCAGGAUAAGGUGACGGCCGCCGUCAACAGUUUGCUGGCACCCGGCUCGGCAACCAACACGCUGACGCCCACCGUCAUCACCUCGCACGCUCUGACGCCAGUCCUGUUGACUCCCAGUCCGCUUCCAUCCACCAUCCACUUCUGGAGUACGCUCAGUCCCAUCGCGCCUCGCUCGCCUGCCAAGCUCUCCUUCCAGUUCCCGACAAACGGCAGUAACCAGAUCCACAUCCCGGCGCUGAGUGUGGAUGGUCUGUCCACCCCCGUGGUUCUGUCCCCUGGUCCCCAGAAGCCCUGAACGUUGUUGUGUUUGCACUCGGAAGCCUCCUCCUUUUCUUUGCGCCAGCGGCCAAGAUGGCGCCGUCACAGUCAUCCGUCGUGAUGCACGUGAGCUCCAGUUGCCGUGACGUACAGGAAGAGCCGUCAGAUUUUUUUCCUGUUUGUGAAGAAGAAGAGGAAAAUAAUCCCCCCCCCCCCCCCCCCCUGGAUAGCUCAAGCUUGGUAUUCUCAUUAAGAUUCAUGAGGAAGAGGCUCUCUUUUGUACCUAUUUAUUCCUCGCUAGUUAACGUUAUCUUUUACCAACAAUUGACGCUCUUUUCUUCGCUCUGAUUGUUUUGUUUCGGGUGAGGUUUUUUUUUUUUUUCCGGCCAUGUCUUAUUGGACAUCGUGAUGACGAUGAUGAACAUGGCCGCAGUUUCUUGUUCAGAGACAUUUUUUUUUGUUUCAGGGGUGCCCGCGGGCAUUCCUCGAGGGCCACCGGGGUCUCGUCAGGAUAUUCUUGGCUUUAUUCCAUCCGUGGGCUUUUUGAGCGGCCCCCCGCUGGAUGAUUGUUGCCACUGCACCUUCUUAAAGCCGCGAUGUCUUUGUUUACUGGACAAGCAUUUGACACACAAUGACCAAAAACACACAACAAACAAACCCAAGGGGCUUGAACGUGAUGGUUGACAUGUCCGUGGUGUCGUUGAACAGAGGACAGAAGAACACCAAACGGUUGUUUAUUUUCAUGCUUGCACGUCCUCCUUGGCAACCCGACAGUGACUGUUGUUUCCAUAUAUACUGUUUAUAUAGAUAUAUAUAGAUAUAUACACGCACACACACACAGCUCUGGACCAUUUUGGACCCUGAAUGACACAAUGACUGUUUUUCAGACGGGUCAGUGAAUGAACUUAAGCGGGCCGGGCAUGGAUCCCUGAGGCCCCUCUGCAUUUGACAAUUGGAUGUAAAGGAUGGAAAGUCUCGAAAUCAGGGGUGGGCAAAGAGGCCUAUGGCCUACACGCCGUCUGGCCAUUAUUCCGUUCUUUAAUCAGACCCAGCAAGCAUUUAUAUUGUAAAGAGUCCUGCAAUAUUUGCAUAUCAAUUUAGCUGCAUUUUCUUUAAAAAAAAUCGCGAAUUAUUUUUUUUUUAAUUUAUCUCAUUGAAUAAUGAAAUAUAAUUUUUAAUCAAAUAAUUGGCAGAAUAAUUUGAUGUAUUUUUUUUUAAUGGAGCAGUUCUUUUACUAAAAUAAACCAUUACUUGCAAUGCAAAAAUAUCAGUAAAAUAAACAAUCAUGCGUGAUUAAUUGGUUAACGAUAAUCGACUCUAAAUAAUAUCGUGAAAAACAGCAUCAAUUACUUUCUCUUUUAGUUCAACUUUUUUUUGGGGGGGGGGCGGUAUCUGAGCUGGCCCAGCUGUUCAAUCUAGAAAUCCAAACGCCCCAAAUUGUGCUCACCCCUCUUUGAAAGCUGGCGCAUCCUAGUCACAAAAAUGAAGCUGCCAAAGAUGUCCAAUUCGAGCCAAGUGCAGUUUACUCGUGGGUAAGAAAAAAAACCCCAACUGUCGAUGAGACUUUGGUGCCGUUUCCCAGUCUCUUGAACGCAGCACGAAGCCAUUGCGUUCGACUGUUCUAUUUUUCUAGCAGAGAACCGCUGCUUUAUUUUGUCUAUUGAGGAGAACAGGAACACGCACGCACGCACACAAAAAAAGCCUUAAAGAUGUCGCCGUGGACGCAACGGGAUGCGAUGUUGGGAUUGCUGUUUUUUUUUUUCCCCCCUCCUCCCGAACGGGCGCGGCCGACACUAAGCCAUUCAUUACAGAACGUUUUGGACGAACUUUUCCUUUCACCAGCAGAACAGGAAGAAUGUUUUUUUAUACUGAUGACGUCACAUGGGGAGCUUCUGCUGGAUUGGCUGUUUGGAUGCCAUUAUUACCGCCGCUGUGUGGGUGUUUCCCCGGAGGAGGGAGGAGAGGGGUGGAGGAGUAUGUCCUCUCCUUUGGUUUUCUCUGUAUCGCGAUAAGUGUGGUAUCGGUGCGGGGGGGUGGGGUGAAAUUAUGUACAAAGUUGACGCAAUUCAUAUCAAAUCCCCUCUGGCCCCGCCUUCCGCCAUUUGCUGAGGAGUUUAUUGACGUAAAAAGAGGCGGGAAUUUAUUUUUCUGAACCUUGCUACUCGUAUUUACUGGAAAUAUAAAUAAGACAAAUUUCUAUUUUUUUGCCCCCCCCCCACCCCCCUCGUGUUUGUUAAUGUUGUACAGAUGUCUUGUUUUUCUAUGACAUGCCUCUACACGUCCAAACACAAGCACUUAUGGGGUCAAGUGUUAUUAAAGUGUCCCGUUGGUUGAA